GAUGGGGGGCGGUACAUCCGGGUGAGCAGAGGCGAGUCGAAGACUUCUUUCUGAAGCCGAAGCAAAAUGGACGGUCGUUUUUCAGGUUCGUAUGGAAAUUGGAAUGCAGAAUCUCCUGGCGAAGGUUAUGAUGACUAUAGUUAUGGACAAGGUUCUGGAUCAAAUUAUGGUUACGGUGGCAAAUCCUGGGACUCGCAAAAAGGCAACCAGACUUCUGAAUCCAUUGUCGCUAAAAUUAACCAACGGUUAGAUCUCCUUUCUCGCAACGAAGGUGAUGAUCAGGAAAGGUUUGUACCUUUCGAGUCCUACGACUCCAGGUCUUCACUGGAUGACCGUGAUCUGUUCAGAUCCGGUUUCGAUUACAGUGAAUCUGGACCUAAUCGUAAUGAUUCCUAUGGAGGUCGCUUUGACCGCUUCGACAGCUCCGCCAGGAACCGCAGGGAUCAGUUCCGCAACAGAGCACGUGACGGCUCCGGCAAGCAGUGGGGUCAGAACUGGUCUAGAGACAGGCCUCCAAAUAACAGACCUUUCCGGAACGACCCGUUCUCAUCGUCUUCAAGUUCUGAGCGACUGUCUGCACAGUGGAAUGAGCUGUCGAUGGGAUAUGGAGGCAGGGGCUAUGUUCCCCCCUCCAGGAACCUCCCUUCGCUCUUCUCCCAGGCCUUAACCUCCGGUUUUGGGAUGUUCGGCGUGCAGGGAGUAGGAAAACAGUUUGGAGCUGGCAGACAGCGAAGGAGAGAGCGGAAUCGAUUCAGAAUUAGGAGAGGAAGAGGCAGAGAGAUGGGAUUUGGAAGGAAGAGGCAGCUUUCAACUGCAAGCAACGAUGAAUCAGAUUGCAAAGUAGGAAGAAUGGACCAGUCGGAUUUUUCAGAUAGUGAAGCAGAAGAAAAGGAGACAGGUUUUGGAGAUGAUGUUGAAGAUGCUGCAGGAGGUGAUGCCAGUACUAACAUUGAGGAUAAAGACUCAACGGACAGCCCUGAAAAGGAGAAAAAAGAGACAGAUGCAGAUGCUGGUGAUGUACAAGAGGAAAUUAAUGAGCUGAAAAUGAAAAUUAAACCAAGGAAGAGACAACGGGAUCGUAUUACAGAAAGAAUAAUGUAUGCCUGCUCAGUUUGCAAGUUUCGCACCUUUGAUGAUGAUGAGAUUUUCCCCCACUUGGAAAGUAAAUUUCAUAAGGAGAACUUCAAAUUCAUUGGGACCAAGCUUCCUAAAGAAACAGCUGAGUUUUUGCAUGAAUAUGUUUUGAACAAGAAUAAGAAAACACUGAAGUUUCGUGAUUCAAUGGAAGAUAAAAGUGCAAUUAAAAAGAGGAUCCAGGAACAAAACCUCUUGCAUGGUAUUAGUAUUGAAAAUUUCAUGAAGAAAGUAGAAGCUGUUCACUGUACAGCUUGUGAAAUGUUCAUUCCAAUGCAGAACAAUGCCAUCCAACGACACAUGAAGACAUUUGACCACAACAGGAACAGAAAAAUGAUGCUUGAGCAGUCAAAGAAGACUAGUCUUCAGGUAGCUAAGAGUAUACUCAAUAAUCGGAAUAUUGUGAGCAUGUUGGAAAAAUACCUCAAGGGGGAGAAUCCGUUUACUGAAGAUGCUAAAGAUGCUGAAGAUGAUCCUUUGGAGGGUGAUGCAAUCACUGAGAGUCUUACAGGUGAAAAUGAUGGGGAGAAGAAAAAUGAAACUGCAGAAGGUGAGACCGCAAAAGCAAAGGCAGAACCAGAGGAAGGUGAUGAAGGUGAUGGUGAAAUGGUCAAUGCAGAUGAGACAGUUGACCAGUCUGAGCAGGGAGCUGAUGCCACUGAUGAAGAAGCUGAAUCAAACUCUGUGACGGAUCAGGAUGGUGAAGACUCUCUUCCAGCAGAAGAAGGUGCUCUCUCAGCUGAAGAUGAAGACAAAAUCUUGGGAGCUGGUGAUGGAGAAAAUCCCGAUGAAGGUGCUGAGAGUCCCCCAGGUGAUGGUGGUGAUGAUGCAGAAGAGUUAGAGUAAUUUGCUGUACAGAUGAAUUUGUCCGUGUCUCUUCAGCAUUAAAAUUCUCCACAAGUACAUUGUCUGAAUUAAAGCAAUGUUAUUCUAGUAGCCACAAGGCUCCUAUAUGAUGCUAGAACAUCUUGCAUUUGGGACAAUUCCAUGCCACGACUGUCCCAAAUCUGAUGUGGCUCUCUGCUUCCUAGCUUUGCCUAACUAGUUUUAUGUGAAAUGCUGUUCUCUGUGAAAGUGGUUUGUGAGUGCAUUUGCCCUGUUGACUUUCUUUUUAAUCUUCCAGAGUAGGUGACACUGAUUUCUAUACCAGAUUUAGAAUGUGUAGAUAUUCUGAGAGACAUGGUUUUGCCUGGUUAACACUUUUUUUUUUUUAAAAGGAAGUUUACAAGUGUGAUUGCACAGACCCCCAGAUGAACAUCAGGAAACUUAUCAUACACUGCAUAAAAUCAGUAGUUCCCUGUGUUUCAUAGCAUAGUGCGACUCCAAAACUGUCUGCUUGUGUCUUGAUCUUUGGAUUGAAGAUGUUGAAGGGGAUUUCACAAAAAUAGUUGGCUUCAGGAGCAAAAAAAAAGGUUGCAUGCUAAUGCUUUAGUGUUUUCAAAUUGCCUUUAACGGUGAGCAGAAGACGAGUUAUAUUGUGUAAUCAAACUUUCUACAUUUGCUUGUCCAACAGUUGAAGUGGAACACAAUUUAUUGGAGAUGUGUCAGAAAAUUAGUUUCAGUUGGUAUUUUUGACAAAAAGUUGAGUACAAUUUCCAUUUGUGAGUUUUGAUUUGGAUUUUAGUGAUACUAUCUGGGUACUGAUGGAAUGUAAUGUCUUUUUUUGUUUUACUACUGGAGAGAGGAGUAAUCACAUAACUUCUGGAAAUAAUUGUAUACAGUAAAACUACAUUAAACCCUUUUUAUAAAUGU